AUGAAGCAGGAUUUGAAAAAACAAGGUUUAAGCCAGUUAGUCAAACCUGAAAACAUUAAUAAAAAGAAUAAAAAGCCUAACAAUAUUCAACUGUUAUCCUCUUCAAAACCAAAAUAUAAUUUAAUUGAAAUAACUCCCCUACCUCUUCCUUCUGACUUCCGAACUUCUCUCAUUCUUCCUCAACUAAAAAAACGAUUUAGUGUUUUACGUCGAGUUGAAACUGUCAACGUAAAUAAUAAUAAUAAGACUUCAUCCAUUUCUCCAAAUACCAUUAAUAAGAAUCCUAUUUCCAUCAAUAAUUCCACCAAGAAUUUAACUUUUGAUAAUAAAAAUAAUAACCAAAACAAUAUGGCUAGAACUAUUAUUAUAGAAAAAGAGGUUACCCAACCAUCGAUAAAUGCAAAUGCCAAAUCGGAAGAAAUAAUACCUUCAGAAUCAAUUGAAUCAAUACAAGGUGCAAAAAAGAUGAACCAUAUUUUAUCAAAUCCUACAAAAGAUCGUCCUAACCCUCCCAGAACACGCCCUCCUUCUAUACAAAACCUAGCCUCACCAGGUUAUAAUAGGUGGACGGAACAAUUAAAUAAUGAAUCAAGAUCGGCUUAUUCUUAUCCAAGAUCAAAUAAUUUAUCUCCAAUUAUACCUCCUACUCCACUGUCUCCAUUGGAUAAAUUAUCGGAGGGUAUAUUUAAUCCUACUUUACAAUCAAUGAUUGUUUUACCUAAGAAUGAUUCUGGAUUACAACAACAACAACAAUCUAUUAAUAAUGUAACAGCAGCUUAUGAACAAUCAACUUCCAAAGAAUCGUCAUCAUCAUAUACGUCUUCUACGUCGUCUAUGUUCUCUGAUCGUGAUUCAACCUCUUCAUCAAUAGCCAAUUCAUUACAACGAAAUAACAUUUCGCAGUCUCAACAAAAGGUUGAUCAACAAAAAAUUGGUCAGCAAACAAUUGGCCAACAAAAAGUUGGUCAACAAAAAAUUAUUCAACAACAAAAAACUAUUCAACAAAAAGUUAUUCAACAAAAAGUUACUCAACAAAGAGUUGACCAACAAAAAGUUAGUGAACAAAAAGUUGGUAAACAACAAAUUGAGCAACAACGAAAUAGUCAACAAGGAAUUAUUCAGCAACAACAACAAGUUGGUUCUCAAACAACGGAUGUGAAACGUUGUACAGUUGCUCCACCAAAACCUCAACCUCCACCAUUUUCAUUAACUGAUACUUUGAUAGCUUCUGGUCAAGCUGAUGUUGCCAAUCAAGUAUUGGUCAUGAGAAGAGUACAAAAAGCCGAAAAUAAUGGUAAACAACGAUUGCCCUCAAAAAUUCCUUUACAAAAAUGGUCAAAACAAAAAUCCAAAAAUCCAAAAAUUUCUGGCCCUCAAUUGGUUUCCGCUUCAUCAAAUAUUAAAACGGUUCCAAUAGUAACCUUAAGAAAUGAUCGUGAUAAUAAAAAUAAAAAAUUUGGUAGAAAAUUUUCUAUAAGAGAAAAUGAAAUUGGUUUAGGUAAAUCAUUUAGAAAGAUUAGAGAUGUAUUUACUAGUGAUAGUGAAACCAAUAGAACAACUUUGUUUGGAAAGAAACAUAAAUAUGGAGACGUAUCACCUUACUCUUCUAGUGAAAACUUACCAAAGAAAUUCACUUCUGAAGGAAAUUUAAAUCAACGAUAUAUCAAAGAUAAGAACAAAUCAGAUUUGUUGAGACAAAAAGAACAAAAAGUGCAUAAAGAACUUAAACCAAAUAAUACCUUAAAACAAGAAGAUCAAAAAGAUAAUCUAUUAGAUUUAUUAAAUAACAAUAAUUAUGAGAAUCAAGAAAAAAAUCUUUCGUCAUCAAAUGAGAUUGAAAAUAUUGAAAAUAUUGAAAAUGUUGAAAAUGUUGAUUAUAUUGUUGAUAAUGUUGAUUAUAUUGUUGAUAAUGUUGAAUAUAUUAAUGAGAAUAUUGAAAAUAUUAAUAAUAUUGAAAAUAUUGAUAAUUUUGAGAAUAUUGAUGAUGUUGAAAAUAUUUAUAAUAAUAUUGAUAAUAUUUAUAAUAUUGAUAAUAUUGAUAAUUAUGAUGAUAUUGAUAAUAUUGAUAAUGUUAUGGCAGUUAGUUAUACUGUUAGUGAUUCGGAUAUUAAUGAAAAUCCUACAAAUCCCAGAUCAUUACCAAAGAAACAAAUGUUAGUAGAUCAACAAGUAUUAUAUGAUAUUGAUGCUUUGAAAAGACAUGCUGAAAUGGUUGCUACAUAUUCAAGUUUCAAAAAAGACCACCAAAAUCAAAAUUCACAAUUAGAAUAUGUUAACCCUUUACCAAUGUCAGUUUCUACACCAAAACUUAAAGUUGACAUUCCCAUGAAAUCAUCAAACUUUUUACUAUCCCCACAAAGUUUAUCAAUAAUGACGGUUUCAGAAAGUCAUCCAAAUAGUCCUGUAUCAUAUAAUUCUAUGUCACCAAAUAGUGAUGCACCACCACUUUCACCAAGAAAUCCAUUGAGAAAUUCAAAUAAUUUAAAUAAUUCAAGAGAUGAAAAGAAUCGAUCUCUAUUCAAUCGAACAUUUUCAUUAAGACGAAAUAAUUCUGCUGGAAGUAAUAAAGAAGAUAGUGAGGAAAAAAGAGAUCGAAUAUCCUCAUCACGAUUAAUGUCAAUUUUCAAUGGUAAUCGUAGUAGAAGAAAUAGUAAAACUAAUGAUAAUAACUUUUUACAAGUACCAAAUUUACAUAAUUCACACAAUUCAAUAACAGAAGAUAUGAUGAUGGAGGAGAAUAGUAGUUCAAAGAAAGAAAAGAAUAAAGUUAUACGUCGAACUAUAAUUAUAACGAAACCUUUUCUUCCACCAUUACCUGAAUCUGAAUUAUCACAAAAGUUUAAUAAGAGUAAUAGGGAUAGUAAUGGAUCUUAUAAUAAAGAUCGUAUAUCAAAACGAAGUAGUUCUAAUACUAAUAUUUCAAAUAGAUCUCGGGAUUUAAUUGAUGAAUUAUCAAACAUUGUAAAUAAUUCAAAUAAUAAUCAAUUAAGCGUUCCAAUGCAAAGAUCAUCAUUAUAUCGACCACCAACUCCCAUUCCAUCGGCUAGUGUUCGAGAAUCAGUAAUGGACCCUCCUUACGGUAUACCUAUACCUCCAAUACCUAAACAACAUCGACAAAGUAUAUCAUCUAAACGUACAAGUAAAUCAAGUAUCUUAUCAACGAAUUCGAUAUCAAAUAAACACCGAAAAUCCACAGGUGGAAAAAGUAUUCAAAGUUCAUAUGGAGAAAGUUUAUAUGAUUAUUAUACGUAUUCAGAUCAUGAAGGAGAUGAUGAAGGAGAAGAGGAAAACAAAGAUAUUAGACGUUCAAAACGUGACACCGAUCCAAAACGAUUAAGUAAUAAUUCAAUUCGAGACAAAUCGUUUGAAGAUAGUAUUAAUGAAGAAGAAUUACAACAACCACAACAACGAAUGUUGCUAGAUCAACAUGUUGAAGUAUUAGAAAUGUCAGAUGAAGAUGAUAGUGCGAUACCAAGUCCAUUGCAUUUACCUGGAGUAAUGCCACAUGUAACUUUACCUAGAUUACUUGAAGAAAUGACUCGUGGAUUAGGUAAUGUAGAAUUAGAAAAUGAAGGAGAAGAAAGGGAAGGAAUCAUGACAGUCGAAGAAAAAUUGGAACAAGUGAUGAAAGCUUUAGGUGUUGAUGAUCGAGAUAUAAUAUAUUAA